GGGACUGUGAGGUCCAUAGUACAACUCUUAGGUACUUUUUUAGAAUCAAACUGUAAUACUUGGAAGUUGUGGGUUAAAAUUUGUAUGAAGCUAAAGAAUACGACUCCGUGUGCUUGUGUGAGUACUAGAUUCCUAAUCGAUCAGCAUCAGAAGCAGUUGAGAAUCGAGUAAAGCUCAGUAGCUCCGGCAGCUAUCGGCGGCUCCGGCAACGGUGAGAUCAGUAUUUGGUUACAAGUGUAGGAAAAUGCUAGUAAAAUGGAUGGAAAUCAUGUAUGCACCUUGUCUUUCAAUGUUCUUAUAAAUCAAGGAGACAAAGGACUAGAUCACGCCAGAUGUAUCAAAUUGGGGAAAAAGAAGUGUCCCAUUGUAGCAAAUUAUGUAGAAGUGGCAGAAUGGCUUGAGAUGGCAUUGAGAGGCGCUUGGCAACUUCAGAAGCUAAUUGUGAGCUAUUGUGAUUGGGGAGGAAGUAGCAGGGGUAUCAGGGCAUUUAUGGAAUCCAACUUGCCGGCAUUUAAAGAGAACAACCCUCAGCUAGAAGUUGUCACUGAGCUCAUCCGUGGUCAACAUCCUCAUUUGAAAGGCCUUUACAAAAACAAGAACCAGCGGGUGUUAUGUGUGAAGAAUUUGACACAAGAUGAUAUACUGCUACAAGCAACCAGGCUCAGAAACGCAUUGGGCAGAAAAGUGGUGAAGCUGAAGACGAGACAUGUCACAAAGCACCCAAGUGUGCAAGGUACUUGGACAACCGACCUGAAGUUUGAGGCUUAGAAAAAUCUUCAUUAGGAGCUUAUUUCGUACUCUUUCGAAAGCAUCUGUUGUUUACACUCCUGUUGGUAAUCCUCAACCAGUCUUUCAGUAUGUUAAUCCUCUACUAGUCUUUCAGUAUGUUUCUUGAAAAGUGAGAUCAAACUAUGAGUCUCCGAAGACUGGUACAAACUGUUUUGUAACAUCUUCGCUUUCUGUUAUUUGGUUUAUUCAAAAAAAUUGGAAUCUAGAAGACAUCA